AUGGGCUUAUUUGGAAAUGCAAAUAACACCAAAUACACUACUAGUGGAACACCCCUAAAACCAUUUGAAUCUUUUAAUGAAAAAGACGUAACAGGCCCAACUAACAUAUUUCAAAGUAUUACUGCAAUGCCGGAAUACAAAAACUAUUCUUUUGAAGAAUUAAGAUUUCAAGAUUACUCUCAAAAUAGAAGAUUUGACACAGAUAACAAUCCGAAUUCAAUUUUUGGCUCAGGGAAUAAUUCAUUUUCUAAUACUCUAUUCAGCAAUAACAAUAAUAACAGCACUGUUUUUAGCUUCUCGAAUAAUACAACUAGCGGUGACUUAUUUGGAAACUCAAACAAUAAUACCGGUGGUUUAUUUGGGGACAAUAACAAUUCAGCUUUUGAUUCAUUUGGUAAUAAUAAUAAUAAUAAUAAUAAUAAUAAUAAUAAUAAUAAUAAUAAUAAUAAUAUCGCCUCAAAUAAUUUGUUUUGGCGGUUCAAAUACUAA